CUGUCAAAACAGCAUACUUUGCAGAAACGCUUCCGUAACCAUGAAAUAAUUCCUCAUCGUUUCUCAUAAGAUUACGAUGUUUUCGUUUCUGUUUGCCUUAAAAUGAAGGGAUCGUGCUCUUGUUUUCACUAAUUAUGGCGUGGAACACGAGAUCGAAGUGGACCCGCUCUAAACUGGAGCCCCCUCGUCUUCCAACUCGCUUGACCGAGUUCCAAGAUGCUGAUCUUUCAGAUACAUAUGUACCCAUUAAAGAUGCAUCCACCAGUGUUCAAGCUUUGGAAGGCAGAGUGCCAAACUAUCUGUUGUUAGUUUCUCUACUGGAACAUCUCUGUUCUUUGUAUGAGACUGAUCCAGAGAAAAGCAAGAAGAUCUUUAAUGUUAUCUGUCAGCAGCUUGUGAAGAUGAAGGUGAUGCCACCUUUUUCAUUUAUUGAAGAAUUCAGUGUUAUCAGAGCAAAAUACAAAACAGUUUUUAGUGAUCUCAUGCAAGCUGCUGCAAAGACUACUGGAACUGAUCUUCUUAGUAUUCCAUCUGGAUUGAGGAAACCAGCCCUAAGCACAUAUAACAGAUGUAUCUGUAGGAGCCUAUCUGCUCCCCAAAAAAUGAAGGAUCUUUUGCAAAAUGGAACUUCACGUUAUAAGGAGGAGUUUGUAGAGAUCAUAAGACUUGGUAAAGGAGGCUUUGGAAGUGUUUUCAAGGUGAAAAACAAACUUGAUGGUAGAGAGUAUGCCGUGAAAAAGGUUCCACUUAAAGAAACAAAUCCUGAUCUUUGUUUGAAGGUUUUGCGAGAGGUCAAAGUUCUGGCAAACCUCAGUCACAGUAAUGUUGUAGGAUAUCAUGCGGCAUGGCUAGAGUAUGUGACAACAGAUACAGUCAGCACUGCUAUGCCCAGAGUAGCUACCGUUCCCACAAGUCUUCAGGAAUUAAGUGACCUUUCUUCUUUAAAUGGAAUUCACAGGAUCAUGGAAGUUAGUCAAGACAGCCAAAAUAGUAUAGUCUUUGAAAGUUCGUCUCAAGAUCCCUCAAACAGUGGCAUUGUGUUCAUGGCUGAUAAUAAUUCAGUGGGGACUGGGAACCAGGCGGAAGGAAAGCUGCGUGGCACCCAUGCCGAAGGUCGCUUGGGCAAGAUCCAUUCAACCAACCUCAGGAGCACCAAUAGUACUCGUAACAGCAGGGCCCCUUAUCAUGCAUCACGUCGCAGCAUCCGCCGAUCAGCGUCCAGUUCAAGCUUAGGCUCCAUGGCGGGUAAAGAUGGCGACCGUAUUGAUGACGAACAAAGCAGCGAGCUGAGUAGCGAUCAAGGCAGUGCAUUAACAGAGAGCAUACUGAAAAGUACAGCCGUUAACAAGCGUCUAGGAAUGGUGCUGUUUAUUCAGAUGCAGCUCUGCACUACGACACUGCGAGACUGGCUGGUGAAACGUAACGAAGACAUCUCUCACGCCAUUGACGGCCAAGUCGACAAAUCAGCUGUUGUGGAAAUUUUUCGUCAAGUUGUGGAGGGUGUGAGCUACAUCCAUUCUCAAGCACUUCUCCAUCGAGAUUUGAAGCCAAGAAAUAUCUUUCUCCAAGGACUCAGACAUCCAAAGGAGGAACGACAUAGUUUCCAGGUCAAAAUCGGGGACUUUGGUUUGGCCCGGAAGGAAGUGGUCGUGAGUCCUGGAGCUAGUAGUCCGCUGGCCAGUUUAAUUGAGCCACCCACCCCGUUGUUCCCUUUAGGAUAUUCUGGUAAAGAUGCUCCCACGGCUGGUGUUGGCACAUGCACUUAUGCUUCGCCCGAGCAACUAAGGAACAACAUAUACGAUAACAAGGCGGAUAUUUACAGUUUGGGAAUCAUCCUGUUCGAGCUGUAUUGUCAUUUUGGUACCGAGAUGGAACGAGUAAAGAGCAUUAAAGAACUCAGGCAGGGAAGGUUGCCAGAUGACUUUUGCAAGAAAUGGCCAGAAGAGUCUAAGCUGAUAUUGGAGAUGAUAGCUGAAAACUCCAGCAACCGGCCUACCGCAGAGUCUCUUCUUGAGCUUGGUUUCUUAAAAGCAGAGCACACGCAACUAAGUGAUCGCCUGAGCGAAAAGGUCAAAGAACAAGCAUCUGAAAUGAUCGAACUGCGAAAAAUGCUGUUACAGAAAGACGAAGAGCUGGAUGCCAGGACAGAUGAAGUUAGCGAACUGAGGCGGCAGCUUGAAGAGAAAGACAAGCUUAUAGAACAGAUGCUGGCUAAUAAACAGCUCUGUACCACAUGCAGCCGAAAGCUUGUCAAUCAAGUCGAGGAGAUGGAUACACGAUGACCUUUUACUACACAGGGUAGAGGAGAUGGCGCGAAAUAACUUGGUUUCAUUACUCCCAGUUGAAGACCAACAGGGAAAGCGAACGCAUAAGUGACUUUUCAGGUCUUCUCCAUAGUGCUUGUUCCAAAAUUGUCAGUGUAAGUGCUGUCUCACCUGGAAAGUAUUCUAAUGACGAACAGCAUUGUUAGGCUUUUCAAAUUCUAUUUAAUUUAGAAACACAUCUUCUCAUGCAAAUUCACAGGUAAGAUAAUUUAGUGAAAAUUUUCAAUGUGGGUGGUAGAAGUUAUUUUUGUACACAAUAUGAGAACUCAGGUAAUUUUAGAGUCAAACUCUGAAUUGUAGAGAGACGAAAUUAUGUGUUUUGUUAAUGCAGGUGUUUUCAGUGUACCUUACCGUAUUUAUUCGAUUACACGCCCGCCCUGUGGGUAAUAAUUGAAUAAUAACCUCGAAUGAGCCCCCAUCCUCAAGGUCCUGGGCGCUUAAUCGAAUAAACACGGUAAUUAGUACCUGUAGGAUUUGAAGUAUUGAUUAGAGAUGAGCAAUUUUUUUGUAAGGUGGCUCAAAGCGGUGUUGUUAAUUUUAGUUAAUUGUUGAACAAUUCUUUUAUACUAGCAUCCACCCCUUUUGUUUUUUCGCUCCAUAAAAUUGGUAUAAAUAGAUGCCCAACCAUUCCUCGACGAGUCGUGAUCAUUUUUGAAACGAUUAAGGUUGCCAUAGCAACACUACAGUCCUUUGGUAGAAAGAUGAAUAUUGAAAUAGUGUAAAGUAAAAGUAAAGUCUGUUUACGAGCCAGUGGCCCAUCAGGCCGGCGCUUAACUCUGGUUUCUGUAGCAUGAAGC